GAGCUUUCUUUAGGUGCCUUCCCAGCUUCCGUAAGUCCAGCUGGGAUAACCACAUUUACUCAGAGCCUUCUUGAUGUGAUGUUCUUCUGCUUCCCUGGCUGCUGUGUCUGUGGGGAUGGUGUUCACUCUGCGUUAGGGUUGGGCGAUUUGUAAACCAAACAUUGUCAGUCCAAUAAUUGACGAUGUGGAGACUUUUUGAUGGGUGGAGCAAUGUAAUCAUGCAUGGACUGAUUUGCGUCUUUACAACACAGAAGAAGUCCAAACGUGGACAAACUAAUUUCCCUCAAAAAAUUAGGGCUGUCAGCGUUAAUGCGGUGUUAAUGCAGUCAUCACGAUUAACGCUAUUAAAAUUUGUAACGCUCGCAACCCAUCUGAAGCUCAGAAUGAACAAACUUUGGACAAACUGCCCGGAAUGUGUUGACAGAGACAUUUCAGGGAUUUUUGGCUCAGUCCCAUCCUGAUGGGUUAGUUGUUAAUCGUGUUUGUCGUGAUGAUGGCGCGUUAACACUGACAGCACUAAAAGAAUAUAAAGUCACUUAUUUGGGAUGAAAGAGGUAAACCUAAGGAUGUAACCAAGGCGGUGUGCCGCUUGUGCAGACGUAUAGUGCGAGCAAAGCACUCAAACACGGCUAACUUGCAUGAGCAUGUACGUGUCCACCAUCCGGCUGAGUAUGCUAGGCUAUCAGCAGCUGCUGCAGCUCGAUCAACAAGCGUUUGGGCGCGCUCCGAGGAGGGGGCAUUUGCUCGCAGAUGAAAGCGAGUGCUGUUAAAACAGUAAAGUAUGUAAAGUCAAAUUAUAAAAUACAUUAUAAAAUACAAGUAAAUAACAAUUGCACAACAGAAUGUCAGUGUGUUCAUUACCAACACACUUAGUUUUGACAAAGCACGCUGCUUAGGUAAAGGAUCUCAGUACUUGUUUAUCACUGAGCAAUUUGUUAAUAUGUGUUUCGAGCCAAAUAAAUGACAGGGAGAGAGAGAGAGAGAGAGAGAGUGACGUUAGAACACGUCGUACUAAAGCAACCUCCCGAAAGCGAGGGGGGUCAAUCUACACUGGGUUGGUCAGAUCACUGUUGGAUUAUGGGUGUGUAGCAUAUGUGGGACUCAUGUAAUGGAUGGACACAGAUGGAAGUAUUGUAAUAGAUAUUCCCCCCCACUCUCCAUAAUUUCAUGCAUUCUUAUCAUUGUUAUGUUAUGCAUUCAGUUCUUUAUUACUAUUUCUGACACAUACUGUGCUCACUGGCAGUCCAGCUAGGAUAUUCUGAUCAAUGAUGAUUCCCACGGGUGGUGCUCACGCAGGCACUGAAUCGGGCAGCUUUGGGGUCCUGUGUGUUUUACUGCACAGAUAGCCUGCAGAGUGCAGCUACGCUAACUGAAGCGCUUGUGUUUUGUAUUUGCAGGUGAGCACAAGUGAUGUGAUGUAUAAACGGAAUGAUGUUGAUGUAUGAGAAAUGUAUUAGAGUAAGGUACUGUCAUUAAUGGAACACAACGCUAAUGUCGGAGUUUGUGAUUUACAUGAUGUACCUGAACUGGUGUUAAACGGAAUAUCACAUCGCAAAUGAUUAAUAAGGGGAUCGAGAGGGUAGUCUCCAGGUGCUACAAUACUAGUUGGAUGAGCAUGCAAGUGUGCAGAAUAUUGUAAUAUGAACAUUGGUAGGAAAAUACUGACUAAAUGAGUACUUUGUUAACACAGGUUCAGUAGUUAUGUGAAAAGGGGUCCUGUGUGUUUUUUACUGCACAGAUAGCCUGCAGAGUGCAGCUACGCUAACUGAAGCACUUGUGUUUUGUAUUUGCAGUUGUAAAUGAGCAAGUAAACAGAACAAUUUUGAACUCAUGCACGCCUGGAAGUGUCAUUUGUCCAAGUGUGCAACAAAUAUUGGAGGCACCGCUGGGAUUAUUAACGUUGUGUCCAGCGUGAUGAAAAUAAGGAAGGGGCGUGGCUACAGCAACCACGAUGGACCUCAAGGAGCUGGCAGAGACUGUGUCCCAAACACUCUGGAACCUACAACUCGACCAACUCAAAGAGGUGUGUGCUGAAGCUAAAAUCCCUAGUGGAAAUGUCCCAACAAGACGAGCGUUAAUAAAAUUAAUUACAGAAUCUAUGGACAAGGUUAUUAAUGAUGAAGAGCAGGAUGUUGCACUCUACUAUCUAAAGAAAAUGUUAGAAAGUGUCGACCCAGCGAUAGGGAGCACCAGAAACACAGAAAGUGGAGGAAAUACAACAAGCUCGCCACAAGGAACUCAGGAAACAAGGGAAGAUAUUAAUUUAGCAGAGAGAUACGCACAGCUCCAGAGAAACAGCGAAGCGCUGCAGGAAGAAAUUAGGAGGCUGAGUGAAAGGGUGGAGAGGACACCACCAAGUCAGCCAACCACCUCACAAAAUGUGUUUCCUGUCGCAGCCAACCGCCUUUCGGAAGUGACGAUAAGGAGGGAAUUCAAGAUCUGUGGUCAAAUUGGGGAAAAGGGCCAAAAGGACAGACUCUCAUACACCAACCUGAUGCAUCAGAUCGACAGAGGUCUGAACAAAGGACACAGUGAAGCGGAGGUUAUAGAGGCUGCGGUGAAGUUUGUCAGCCCAGGUUUGAGUCUUAGAGACAUGCUUGAGAUAAAACGUGACCUCACCCUCCCCCAAUUGAAGGCCAUAUUGAAGGGACAUUUUAAAGAAGACAGCACCACAGAUUUGUAUCACAGACUAGUGAACGUCACACAAGACAGCCGUGAGUCUCCCCAAAACUUCCUCUUCAGAGCAAUUGAGUUAAAAGAGAGGCUGCUGCUCGCAUCGGAAGACACAGGGUCCGAUGAACAAUACAGCCCUGAGCUCAUCCAGAAGAAAUUCUUGAGGUCGGUCAGUACUGGGCUACUGAGUGACCCUAUCAAGUUUCAGCUCAAGCCCUAUCUGGAUGACCCUCGGGUGACAGAUGAAACCCUCAUUGAUAAGAUGAAUGAAGCAGCUAGUGUUGAAUCAGAAAGGCAAUUGAAGCAAAAGAAAAGUACUGGCAGCAAAUCUGUAAAAGUAAAUGAACUCCAGACAGAAACGCCAGCCAGUCAAUUGGGUCUGGGUGUAGCCGAAACUAGGUUGGGGACUCAAGAGCAAUCAGCUGAAGUGGUGAAACCCAAGAGCCGCAGAACACCUGUUGUAGCUGCUUCCCGAGAGUCAGAGCUGCAUGAAACGGUCAGGCUGCUGAGAGAGGAGAUGGCUGAAUUAAGGAGGAGCAUCACCACCCCUCAAGGCCCCACUCGCCCACUAAGAACCAGAGGGAGGAGGGGAUGUAAGGCAUGCCAGGAGCAGGGAACCAAUGAUGGGUGUGAACACUGCUUCAAGUGUGGCCAGCCAGGACACCUCUCCAGAGGCUGUAGAGGGCGAAGGGGGGCAGCAGAAAGAUCAGAGGGCACUCAAGCGGCAAUCCAGACCAUCGCCCCUCCUAAAUCAUUAAUUCCCAUCCAUGCUGAAGCAGACGACAAGUUGCAUGAACUGCUUUGGAAUCGAAUAAGACAGCUGGAGGCAGAAUUAGAGCAGAGUGGCAAGGCUAAAGAGACUGUGGGUGCCACGUAUGCCAGUCAUCUCUCACUACGCUGUCAGGCUAAGCUGAGAGCCCUGAUCGGGAAGAAGUGUAUGGUGGAUUGUUUCUUUGAAGGGGUAGAAACACAAGCAUUGUGGGAUACAGGUUCACAGGUGACUAUCAUUAAUGAGAACUGGAGGAAGUCCUGCUUUCCACAUAUCCAACUGAGAAGCACAAGUGAACUGUUAGGUGAGGAUGAGGCUCUGGUGGGCAAAGCAGCGAACCAAACACCCAUACCCUUCGCAGGUUGGGUUGAGCUAAAAUUUAGACUGGGGUCAACUAGAGAUCCACAGCCAGAGUUAGUUGUCCCCGUGCUUGUCUCAAAAGAGCCAGGAGUAGCAGAGCCACCUAUCAUUGGCUAUAAUGUGAUUGAGCAUUUUGUAAAGGAUGGAAUGGCGCAGCAUCCAGACGUUACACCUGCUGUGGUAAAGGAAGCCUUCUCAAUUGAUUGUAAGAGAGCGGAAGUGCUAAUUAACAUUGUGCAGCGCUGCUACAAAAAUGAUGAGGAGGGUGUGGUGAAAGUUGGGAGACAAAAGAUAGUGAUUCCAGCUGGACAAAGCAGGGAGGUUAAGUGCAGUGUGAGGACAGGUCCCCUCCCCCUGAAACAGGAGAUUCUUUUUGAACCAGAGGACAUUUCAAAACUACCAGAGGGGGUUAACCUGAAUGAAACUGUCAUUGGCCUGCAGAGGGGAACCCGGUCCAGGGUGGUUAUUCCGGUCACGAAUGGCGGCAGCCAUGACAUCACCCUCCUCCCUCAUGCAGUGUUGGGACGACUACAGCAAGUGAAGGCUAUUUACCCAGUAGACGUAAGACCAGUAAGUGCUGAAAAGAUGGGCAAGUUGAUGUGUGCUAGUGAAAACACAGGGAGCACCGUCAGCGCCCCAGAACAGCACAAAGGGGAGGAUGAAGAGGUGGGCAGUUGCGGCCAAGAUUUAUGGGACCCACCUGUGUCAGUUGAUCACCUGACCCCUGAUCAGCAGGAGCAGGUGAGAAAAGUCCUGCGUGAAGAAUGUGCUGCAUUCUCAAAAGAUGAGAGCGAUGUGGGAUGCAUCCCCUCCCUGAAGUUAAAGAUCAGAUUGAAUGACACAACCCCAGUAAGACGCACAUACAUCUCAGUCCCCAAGCCACUCCACAAGGAGGUGAAGGAGUAUUUGGAGGACCUGUUGAACAGAGGAUGGAUUCAGAAAUCCCGAUCCCCCUACUCAUCACCCAUCGUCUGCGUGCGAAAGAAGGAUGGAAGUCUGCGUCUCUGCGUGGAUUACCGCGAGUUGAACCGGAAAUCCAUUCCUGACCGUCACCCCAUCCCUCGUGUUCAAGACAUGUUAAACAGCCUGACUGGGAGUGCAUGGUUCUCAGUGUUGGACCAGGGCAAGGCGUACCACCAGGGUUUCCUGGAGGAAAGUAGCAGACCCCUCACAGCCUUUAUCACACCUUGGGGCUUAUAUGAGUGGGUAAGGAUUCCCUUUGGUUUGUCCUCGGCUCCAGCAGAGUUCCAGCGCAGUAUGGAGGAGUGCCUUGUAGGUUUGAGGGAUGAAAUAUCUCAGCCAUACCUGGACGACAAUUUGGUCCACAGCAGAUCAUUUGAGGACCACCUGCGCAAUCUGAGGGAGGUCCUGCGCCGCUAUCAAGCACACGGGGUGAAGUUAACCCCCAAAAAGUGUGAAGUGUUCAAGGACAAGGUGAAAUUCCUGGGAAAGAUUGUAUCCAAAGAUGGCUACUGCAUGGACCCUGCUGAAUUGGCACCAGUUCAAGCACUAAAGAACCGCAAACCUGAGACUGUGGGAGGCCUAAGGAAAAUGCUAGGUUUCCUGUCAUACUACCGCCCCUACAUUCCAAACUUCUCACGCACUGCCAAGCCACUAUACCAGCUGCUGUCGACCGGAAAGAUUCAAGUGAUUACUGACAGAAGAUCAACGGUAAUCAGGGACAAAGGACAGCGGAAGAAAUCAGACCAACUCCACUCAAGCCAGCCAAUCACAUGGACGGAACAACACCAGGCAGUGCUAUGCCAGCUUAUAGAACACCUGCUGAGUCCACCACUCCUGGCAUACCCUGACUUCGAAAGACCAUUUGUGCUGCACUGUGAUGCCUCUCAAGAAGGGCUUGGUGCAGUCCUGUACCAGAGACAGCAGGGCAAACUGGUUGUCAUUGGGUAUGGGUCGAGAACUCUAACAGCUCCAGAAACUAACUACCACCUCCACUCUGGAAAGCUAGAGUUUCUAGCAAUGAAGUGGGCAAUCUGUGAGAGAUUUCGGGAGUAUCUGUAUUACGCACCUUCUUUCACAGUGUAUACGGACAACAAUCCGUUGACCUAUGUCCUGACUACAGCGAAGCUAAAUGCUACAACACACCGGUGGGUUGCUGAGCUAGCCGAUUUUAACUUCUCAAUCAAGUAUCGGCCGGGAAGGGCUAAUGGCGAUGCUGACGGGUUAUCGCGGAUGCCACUAGACAUGGAGGAGUACAUGCGCACAUGCUCACAGGAAAUGAAACCAGAGGUAAUCACACCUGCGACACAGGCGUUUCAGCUGAAAUUCCAUGAACAUGAGCCAUGGAUGUGUCCAGCUACCAUAACCACAGCAUGUGCUGAUGUAGAGCAUGAACGAGUAAUGGCCCCAGUGACACAGAUCUCCAAAGAGACACUAAAGAAAGCACAGGAGGAUGAUCCAGUCAUUGGCAGGGUGCGAGAAUAUGUUAUGACAGGACAAUGGCCUCCUCGGAGAGGAAGAGACAGGGGUGAAGACACUUCGGUUCUAAGCCGGGAAAAGAGUAAGCUGUACCUUGACAAAGACAACAUCCUGUACAGGAAAUCCGCUGCUCGAGCUCAGCUAGUGUUACCCACAAAAUUCCAUCAGCUGGUGUACAAGGAGCUCCAUGAGGAGAUGGGACAUCUCGGAGUGGAGCGGACACUCGCCUUGGUCCGUGAUCGAUUCUAUUGGCCACAUAUGCAAAGACAUGUGGAACAUUAUGUGACCAAGGUGUGCAGUUGCUUGAAACGGAAACGUCCAGGCAAACCAACUAGAGCACCGUUGGUCAACAUUGUCACCACAUACCCUUUUGAGAUGGUAUCAAUAGACUUCCUGCAUCUGGAGAGUUGUAAAGGAGGAUAUGAGUACAUUCUAGUCGUGAUGGAUCAUUUCACCCGGUUUGCACAGGCAUACGCAUGCACCAACAAGUCAGCAAGAACAGCAGCAGAAAAGGUUUUUGGAGAUUUUGUGCUCAAAUUUGGAUUCCUGCCCAGUUACAUCAUGAUCAGGGAAAGGAGUUUGAAAACCAGCUGUUUGCCACCCUGGAAAGGUACUGUGGAAUCCAGGGGUCACGCACAACACCUUACCAUGCAGCGGGGAACGGUCAGGUGGAGAGAUUUAAUCGGACACUCCUUUCCAUGUUGAGGAGCCUGGCAGAGGAAGCCAAGGCAGACUGGAAAAACUCCUUGAGCAAAGUGGUGCAUGCGUAUAACUGCACACGCAGUGAAGCAACAGGAUAUGCCCCAUAUUAUCUUCUCUAUGGCAGAAACCCCCGCCUACCAGUCGACAUCAUGUUUGGCCUGGCUCCAGGUGACCAGAGUACUUCUCACAGUGAUUAUGUCCGUAAGUGGAGAAGUAGGAUGCAAGAGGCAUACAGAUUGGCAUCAGAAACAGCUCAGAAAGAGAGGAACAGAGCGAAAAGGCAGUACGAUCGGAAGGCUCAUGGAGUAGAACUGCAACCGGGAUGUCGAGUGCUAGUACGGAACUUCAGAGACCGGGGUGGGCCCGGAAAGCUAAGGUCUUACUGGGAGGAGCGAGUGCAUGUUGUGUUAGAAAGAAAGCACAAAGAUAGCCCUGUCUAUGCCGUACAGCCAGAGAGAGGACCAGGAAAAGUGAGAGUUCUGCACAGGAACCUCCUACUGCCCUGUGACUUUCUCCCCGUUCAGGAGGACAAGUUGGAGAAAAACAAGAAUGGGAAGGAGGAUGCCAAACAACAAAGAAAAGGAAAGACCCAAGAAAAGCAGCAGGAGAGUGACCACGACAGCAGUUCAGAGGAUGAGGGUGACUGGGGAAUUAUCACCACACAAUCUGCAGAAUCACCCACCCAGAUCAGAAGUCAGCUGAGGGCAGAGGCAGAGGAGUUCCAGCCAGAAGAAGCUAACGGAGAACUGUCAAGUGGUGGUGUCAGCAGCGAGUGCCUAGACGAGGGUGAGAAAGGUGGACUGGAGUCAAGUGCAGAGGAGGAGGAGGCAGGGCGAAGUGAGCUGUCUGGGGAGGAGAACGGAAGAAGUCAAGAACAGGUGUCUUCAUCUGAUGAAGAAGACGAGGGAGAGCCCAACUCACAGCCAGUUCCCACAAGAAAGUAUCCUUUUCGACGCAGAAAUCCACCCAAGACACUCACGUAUGACACCUUAGGUCAGCCAUCAGUCAUAAACAGACACAAAUGAUGUCCACAGCUAAGGAAAAAACUAAGUUCAUUGUCACAUGUUGAGUUUACUGUGGUGACAGUUUAAACAGAAAGGGAAGUGUUCACAGUAGCAAAUAUUAAAAAGAGCAAAUUUGACAGAGCAACAACUGCAUAUAUUAGUUUAAUAGUUCACGUGAGUUAAACAGGGAGUACCAGAACCAGACUAGCUACACAUAGAGAGAUACUGGCUUGUAUGGGAGAUAUACAGCAGUAAAUGUGUGUCUGUGUAAAAGGUUACAUGGUAGAGUGUUAGGUCUACGCCUUCAGUCUGAUACAGAGCACGCCUGAGUGGCGGAGAGACUUUACAGACAUUGCCUGGCCAGUAGUGUCUGUUGCUGGUACAUGACGUAAAGGGGGAGAUACAUGUCAUGCCAAAGACUGUUACCGGACAGAAAGUAUCUUUAGAGGCUGACUCCCAGUGAAGCUGCUGCUGUAACCUUCUGUUGAAGACAUGUAUUCUGGGAAAUCUCUAAUGUCGGGACGACAUUCACUUUUGGAGGGGAGAGUGUGGGACUCAUGUAAUGGAUGGACACAGAUGGAAGUAUUGUAAUAGAUAUUCCCCCCCACUCUCCAUAAUUUCAUGCAUUCUUAUCAUUGUUAUGUUAUGCAUUCAGUUCUUUAUUACUAUUUCUGACACAUACUGUGCUCACUGGCAGUCCAGCUAGGAUAUUCUGAUCAAUGAUGAUUCCCACGGGUGGUGCUCAUGCAGGCACUGAAUCGGGCAGCUUUGGGGUCCUGUGUGUUUUACUGCACAGAUAGCCUGCAGAGUGCAGCUACGCUAACUGAAGCGCUUGUGUUUUGUAUUUGCAGGUGAGCACAAGUGAUGUGAUGUAUAAACGGAAUGAUGUUGAUGUAUGAGAAAUGUAUUAGAGUAAGGUACUGUCAUUAAUGGAACACAACGCUACUGUCGGAGUUUGUGAUUUACAUGAUGUACCUGAACUGGUGUUAAACGGAAUAUCACAUCGCAAAUGAUUAAUAAGGGGAUCGAGAGGGUAGUCUCCAGGUGCUACAAUACUAGUUGGAUGAGCAUGCAAGUGUGCAGAAUAUUGUAAUAUGAACAUUGGUAGGAAAAUACUGACUAAAUGAGUACUUUGUUAACACAGGUUCAGUAGUUAUGUGAAAAGGGGUCCUGUGUGUUUUUUACUGCACAGAUAGCCUGCAGAGUGCAGCUACGCUAACUGAAGCGCUUGUGUUUUGUAUUUGCAGUUGUAAAUGAGCAAGUAAACAGAACAAUUCUGAACUCAUGCACGCCUGGAAGUGUCAUUUGUCCAAGUGUGCAACACAUAUAACUCGGCAGCAGCCACAACUCUGGUAAAGUUAGACCAUAUUCAGUAUCAGGCACUACGAAUUUGCACGGGUGCAUUUAAAACAGCUCCAACAGCAGCUUUACAGGUGGAGAUGGGAGAGAUGCCAUUAGGACUGAGAAGGGAGCAGCUCACACUUAAUUAUUGGGCUAAUUUACAGGGCCACGGGCAGGAUCACCCAACGCAUGAAGUACUUAAACCUUGCUGGGAGAAAGAAAAGAGGGAAACGAAGAGUUUUGGAUGGACUGUGGGGAGACAUGCAACAGAAUUUAAUCUGGAUCAGUUGAACAUUAGUCACAGAGUGCCGUUACCAGCAGUGCCUCCAUGGCUACUUCCUGAUGCUGUAGUAGACUUAAUGUUGUUGAACAAGAAGAAUGAGGAUAAGACAUUUACUUUGAACUCUCAUGCGGUACAGGCGUACAUUGACCAAUAUUAUAGUUAUGUUCAAAUAUAUACAGACGCCUCAAAGAACUCAACCGGUCAAACCGGUGUUGCAGUUGUGGUCCCAGAGUUUUCGGUGGAAAUGGGUAACAGGAUUAGUGAUGGGCUUUCUGUAUACACUGGGGAAAUGAUUGCAAUAUUAUUAGCUGUUCAGUGGGUGGAAGACGUGAGGCCAUUACAUGCUGUCAUUUGUUCAGAUUCAAGUUCAUCAUUGGUCAGUCUACAGCAUAGUCACUCAGACAGUAGAGCAGAUGUUUUGGCGGAAAUUCAGCAGACACUUUUCCGGAUACACAUGAUGGGACUUGCAGUCGUGUUUUUAUGGGUUUCAGCGCACUGUGGAGUAUGGGCAAAUGAAAAGGCAGAUAGAGUUGCAAAGGAGGCUGUAAGGCAUGGGGUGGUUGACAUGGCUGUUAGUUUUGGCCAAGCAGAGAUAAGGAGUAUGGUAAGGCAAGAUAUGAGAGCAAGAUGGCAAAAGCAGUGGGAGGAGGAAAGGAAGGGACGAUGGUUGUAUAAGAUUCAAAGGAGGGUGGGAGGAAUGAGAAACGCAGGACGGACUAGGAGGGAGGAGGUGAUCAUAUCCAGACUGAGAUUUGGACAUACUGGCUUGAAUAAUACAUUAUUCUUGAUAGGGAAACAUAGUACCGGAAAAUGUGAUUACUGUGGGGUAGGGGAAACUGUAGAACAUGUCAUGUUGCAGUGUCAGAGGUAUCAGGUUGAGAGGAGGCAAUUGAUUCAAAAUCUCAGUAACCUAAAAAUCAAACUGGAUCUUGUUGACUUGUUGCAAAAGGAAUCGGGAAGUAAAAGUUAUCAGGCCUUAUUUCAGUUUUUAAAAGAGGGGAAACUGUUUGGCAGACAGAUUGCGCGACCGGGGGCCUUGAACUUUCUAAGGGAAAAAACACUUUCUCACGGACGGUGACAGCGAAACGGAUAACAGCUAACAGUCCCUGCUGGUCUUUGAAGCUCUGGAUUCUGGGACUGUUGGAAAAGCCAAGAAGAGGUCAUUAUACUAACAAGAGGUAUCAACGCUGGGCCAAAGUUCAGCACGUGGUUAAAGUUUGUAAUCCAGCCAGGUAAAUAUCACUCAGCAGCCAGUCGCAGAGAUGAAGCAGGUAGCAUCAACACAUAAAUCUACUCUACCCGGCUUAAAUCACAAGACCACCUCUGACCGAAAAGCUGUAGAUUUUUCUUGUUUGCACAAAUUAAUUCACACUAAUUCUUUUCACAGCUCCAACAAAAUGAGGAAGAG